UCCAAUUCCCCUCAAAUCACACCAACAGACUCACAGAAUAAAGAAGAUUUACCCGUGUGAUCAAUGUGGGAAGAGCUUUCCGACACCAAGCAAACUAAUGACGCACCAGAAAACUCACACAGGAGAGAGGCCUUACCACUGCUCCCAAUGUGGGACUAGCGUCAGUAAUUUAGCACAUCUAAAGCGACACCAGAGGAUAAUAAACCUGGGAGAGAAGCCUUACCACUGCUCUCAGUGUGAUAAGCGCUUCAGUCAGGCAGGUCACCUAAAGACACACCAGCGAACUCACACAGGAGAGAAGCCUUACCACUGCUCUCAGUGUGGGAAGAGCUUUGGUCGGGCAGGAUCUCUGAAGACACACCAGAUUACUCACACAGAAGAGAAGCCUUAUCACUGCUCUCAAUGUGGGGAUAACUUCACCAGUUUAUAUUUCCUAAAGAAACACCAGAUAACUCACACAGGAGAGCAGCCGUACCACUGCUCUCAGUGUGGAAAGAGCUUCAGUCAGGCAGGAGACCUGAAGCAACACCAGCGAACUCACACAGGAGAGAAGCCAUACCACUGCACUCAGUGUGGGAAGCGGUUUGGUUGGGCACGAGCUCUAAAGACACACCAGCUAACUCACACAGAGGAGAAGCCUUAUCACUGCUCUCAGUGUGGGAGGAGCUUCAGUCAGACGGCACACCUGAAGAAACACCAGCUAACUCACACAGGAGAGAAGCCUUACAACUGCUCUCAAUGUGGGAAGGGUUUCAGUCGGCCAGCACACCUAACGAGACACCAGCGAACUCACACCGGAGAGAAGCCUUACCACUGCUCUCAAUGUGGGAAGAGCUGCAGUCAGACAGCAGACCUAAAGAGGCACCAGCUAACGCACAUCGGAGAGAAGCCUUACCACUGCUCUCGGUGUGGGAAGAGUUUCAGGCAUUUAACAACUCUGAAGAUGCACCAGAUGAGAAGCUUUUCCACUGCUGUUAGUGUGGGAAGAGUUUUAAAUGCAUAAAAUAUCAGAAGAUGUUGCCCAACACUGACCUUUAUAAUGGUGUUGCCACGCUGGGCAUCUAACCAAUAUUGACUGAGUUGUUUUUUUUCUUAUUUUCUUCUCCAACCUCAUGUACAUUGUCAUAUAAAAAAAUGUACCAAAGCUUAUGAAAUAUGACAUGAGGGUCACAUUUUAAAUUAAAGUGUCUAUUCCUCCAGAAAUCUAUUCAGUUUCU